UGUCAUAAUUUGAGAUUUGGGGUUAUCUUUUUGUUACUUGUCAAAAGUCUUGUAGGUGUUUGUUUAUUGAAAAUGGUCAAGUUGUACUGUAUUAGUAUUUUAUACAAGGGCCCUACUUCAGCUACAUGGUUAAAAUCUGCAUUCGAAUUGCAAACAUUUAAUUUUUUCCAAAGAGGGUCAGUCCAAGAGUUUAUGACUUUUUUUUGUAAAACCAUCGUGGAAAGAACCAUACCUGCUUCUAGACAGUCAGUAAAGGAAGGAGAAUAUCUGUGUAAUGUGUAUGUCCGUUCAGAUAAUUUGGCUGGGGUCGUAAUAUCGGACCAUGAGUAUCCAUCCAGGGUAUCACACACUUUAAUAACAAAGCUUUUAGACGAGUUUGCAGAAAGAAUAUCACCUGCAAAUUGGCCUAACCUUCAAGAGAAAGAUGUGGCAUUUCCACAAGUUACUACUUAUUUAGCAAAAUACCAAAACCCUCGAGAGGCUGAUGCAUUAACUAAAAUACAAGAAGACUUAGAUGAAACUUAUUCUAUUGUAUAUCAAAACACAUGUCCCAAUUUUCAUAAUACAAUUCAGGCGGUGUUGGAAAGAGGGGAGAAGUUGGAUGAUUUGGUAUCUAAAUCAGAAGGAUUGAGCAUGCAGUCGAAGGCUUUUUAUAAAACGGCAAAGAAAACAAAUAGUUGUUGUACAUUUAGUUAAGUAAUGUUAUUUAUUGUCAUUCCAAAUAUGCCUGUUAUGAUGUGUUGAUGGACGUAUAAAUAUUUUAUAUGUUUUUUGUAAAUGUGUUGAAGCAAUGUAUCGUGGCCAGAAUAUACAUAUAUUAUGUCAAAAAAUGAAUAAAUGUUGAACAAUAUAUAGAAUAUGAAACUCGUGAAAUGAAAAA